AUGGUGAGGUUGGAUGGUGAGGAGGGUGAGGUUGGGAAGCAUGGGAAGGAUGGUGAGGAUGGUGAGGUUGGGGAGCGUGGGAAGGAUGGUGAGGUUGGGGAGCAUGGGAAGGAUGGUGAGGAGGGUGAGGUUGGGAAGCAUGGGAAGGAUGGUGAGGGUGGUGAGGUUGGGGAGCGUGGGAAGGAUGGUGAGGAUGGUGAGGUUGGGGAGCGUGGGAAGGAUGGUGAGGAUGGUGAGGUUGGGGAGCGUGGGAAGGAUGGUGAGGUUGGGGAGCCAGGGAAGGAUUGUGAGGUUGGGGAGCGUGGGAAGGAUGGUGAGGUUGGUGAGCGUGGGGAGGAUGGUGAGGUUGGUGAGCGUGGGAAGGAUGGUGAGGUUGGGGAGCGUGGGGAGGAUGGUGAGGAUGGUGAGGUUGGGGAGCGUGGGAAGGAUGGUGAGGUUGGAGAGCAUGGGAAGGAUGGUGAGGAGGGUGAGGUUGGGAAGGAUGGGAAGGGUGGUGAGCAUGGUGAGGUUGGGGAGCGUGGGAAGGAUGGUGAGGUUGGUGAGGUUGGGGAGCGUGGGAAGGAUGGUGAGGUUGGGGAGCGGGGGAAGGAUGGUGAGGAUGGUGAGGUUGGGGAGCGCGGGAAGGAUGGUGAGGAUGGUGAGGUUGGGGAGCGUGGGAAGGAUGGUGAAGAUGGUGAGGUUGGGGAGCGUGGGAAGGAUGGUGAGGAUGGUGAGGUUGGGGAGCGUGGGAAGGAUGGUGAGGUUGGGGAGCGUGGGAAGGAUGAUGAGGUUAGGGAGCGUGGGGAGGAUGGUGAGGUUGGUGAGGUUGGGGAGCGUGGGAAGGAUGGUGAGGGUGUUGAGGAUGGUGAGGUUUUGGAGGAUGGUGAGGGAAGGGGGCGUGGUGAGAGUGUUGAGGAUGGCAAGGGUGUUGAGGGUGUUGAGAGUGUUGAGGGUGUUGAGGCUGGUGAUGGUGUUGAGGGUGUUGAGGGUGGUGAGAGUGUUGAUGGUGUUAAGGGUGUUGAGGGUGGUGAGGGUGGUGAGUGUGGUGAGGGUGGUGAGUGGUGA